CGGGGGUGGGGGGUGGGGGUGGGGUGGGGUGGGUAUUUUCAUGGGUGUUUUCUUCCAGCGAAUGAACGAUUGAUUGUAGAGCGAGUGAGUGAAGGAUGACCCAGCCUCCUCCGUCUGCUUCCAGGAGAGCAUACCCAGGAAGAGCCCGAACCCCUCCUGGAAAUGCCCGUGAACUUCCCCCUGUUCCUGCAGCACCCCUUCCGCCGGCACCUCUGUUUCUCCGCGGCCACGGGGGAAGCGCGGCGGGCUUGGAGGCUGGCCCUCCAGGGUGGCAUCCGGCUCCGUGGGACAGUCUUGCAGCGCAGUCAGGCCCCCGCAGCCCGUGCCUUCCUGGACGCCUUAAGACUCUAUCGGCAGCGCCGAGGCCACUUUGGCGAGGACGACGUGACCCUGGGCUCGGAUGCCGAGGUGCUGACCGGGGUGCUGAUGCGGGAGCUGCUGCCGGCGCUGCGAGCCCAGACCCUGCCCGGCCUGCGGGGGGCCAGCCGCAACCGUGCCUGGGCCUGGACCGAGGUACACGCGGGUGGCCGCACAGGGGGAUAGGGGCCGGACCCUGGGGCCCGUCUUCCCCCUCCCCGCGACUGUCCCCUAAACUCUCUGCGCGUCUCUCUGGCUCUCCGUCUCUGUGUCUCUCUUCCCCCAUCCCGCCCCAUCUCGGCUCGCUGUCGCGCCUCUGGCCCGUGUGGGGUCCCCUUGGCCGGUCCGGACAGCUCCUAGACGCAGUCCACGCUGCCGUCCUGGCCGGGGCCUCCGCCGGGCUCCGCGCCUUCCAGCCGGAAAAGGACGAACUGCUGGCGGCCCUGGAGAAGACCAUCCGCCCGGACGUGGACCAGAUUCUGCAGCUGCGGGCGCGCGUGGCGCGGAGGCUGCGGGUGGAGGUCGAGGGCCCCCUGGAGUCCUGCCUGCGCGGGAGGGUGGACACACAGCUGUCCCGGGUCACGCAAAAGCUGCUGAGCACCGUGGAAGCCGUGCUCUCAACAGUGCAGACCCUCCUAGCCCAGGGCAUGGACCGCCUGUCUCGCCACCUGCGUGGGAGCCCCUCUAGCACCCGCUUGCGCCAGGAGGUUUACUCGUUUGGGGAGAUGCCAUGGGACUCAGAGCUGAUGCACGCCUGCUACCGUGAGGCUGAGCAAAGCCAGAAGCGCCUGGGGCAGCUGGUGGCGCCUUUUGGCUUCUUUGGCACACGAAGCCUGGUAUUUGGGGCCCAGGAUCUCGCACAGCAGCUUAUGGCUGACGCCGUGGCCACCUUCCUACAGCUGGCGGACCAGUGUCUGACCACAGCCCUGGACUGCACCCAGGCUGCCCAGCAGUUGGAGAAAGUCAGGGGGCGUGUGCUGAAGAAGUUCCAGUCGGACAGCAGCUCAGCGCGGAGGAGGUUCAUCCGUGGAUGGUUGCUUUGUAUCUUCUUGCCCUUUGUGUUGAGUCAGCUGAAGAGUAGCUGCAAAGCGGUGAGUAAUGGGGCCCAGAGGACAGCCAUGUGCCUGUGUCUUUCUAUGAAAGUGGGCAGAAUGCUCUCUCUCUCAGAGACUAUUGUUCCCUGAGCCCUGUGGUUGGGCUGGAUGGGGGGCCCAUGCAUUGUAUCUCAGAGAAGGGAGGAGGCA